AUGGAGCUGGAUGAGUUCCGAGCGAAUCUGAUUGACAUCGCUGCUGAGCUCAAGAGUGCUGGAGCUACACCGAUUUUCAUCACUUCGCUCACUCGCCGAACCUUUGAGGAUGGCGAGGUGGUGCAGAACCUGCACGACUGGCGCGGCAAGACAAUCGCUGCGGCGAAGGAGAGCAAGAUCAAGUGGCUCGACCUCAACAUGAAGAGCACUGACUACGUUAAUGCCAUCGGAGAGGCCAAUUCAAUCGCCUACAACCUCGGUGGCUCUGACCGCACCCAUUUGAGCCUGGCGGGUGAGAAGGUGUUUGGAAGAAUGGUCGUUGACUUGCUGCUUGAGAAGAGGACUGAUCUUGCGGGAUACUUUGAGGCGGACGAAGAGAUUACUGAGGCUAUUGCCAACGGGGAGUUUACGGAUGGUGGAUUGUGA